AUGUGUGAAUUAAAGGAAAAUAGUAAUAAGGCAACACAUAUUAAUUUGAGUUUGAUUAGAUCGAUUCAAGACAAAGAACAGCUAUUAAACUAUGCCACAAAUUUGGAUGAGAGAAUGGAAUCUUUGCUGGGAGCUUUAAGUAUUGCAUACUUACAGAGAAAGAAACAUAUUAUAUCUUUAAAAUGUGAGUCAACGAGAAAAGAGAUAUCCAAAGAGAUUUGGAAUACAGAAAGGUAUUAUAAUGCUCAACUUGCGACGGUAAUUGAGUUGUUCUUGCGACCGAUGGUUCAACUGGAGAAGGACAACGAUCAGAACUAUGGAAUUACAGAGACUGACAUUCAUUCGAUAUUCUCACACAUCGAGAGUAUCUACAAUUUGAGUAGUCUACUCUUCGAUCGUUUGGAUCCUGUAGUCAAAAACUGGUCUCCUUCAUCAUCGAUUGGCAAUAUCUUUUUGGAUGUCGGACCAUUCUUCAAAUGCUACAAGCAGUUCUCUGAGAACUACACUCAUUCCAUCGAAACACUGAAUCGCAUCCGACAGAGUACACAGCCCAUUGCCAAUUGGCUGAAGAACAAAGAAAAAGAUCCAAGAUGUCAUUCAUUGGAUUUAUCAUCGUUAUUAAUUGCACCCAUUCAAAGAACACCAAGAUAUAUAUUGCUUUUAGAAGCAUUGUUUAAAGCUACACCUGUAGAUCAUCCAGAUAAAAAGAGAUGUGAAGCAGCUGCGAAUCUAUUGAAAUCUAUAGUUCAAGUGGUAAACGAUGGUAUUCAAGAGGAUAUCAAUAGAAAGAAGUUAAUUCAGUUACAAUCAUUGAUCGAUCAACAUAAUAAAUACUUUGGACCAUUAUCUGUUUCAAAUCUAGUUGAACCACAUAGAAAGUUGAUAAGAGAAGGUAGAUUACAAAAGAAAUCAAUGAGAGAUCAAUCAUUACAAACUAGAAUGGUAUAUCUACUGAAUGACUACUUUGUAACGGUGACACCACUGCCUGCAAUCAACAAGAUCGAUAAAAUCAUACCAUUGGUAACUGCAUCCAUCUUUUGUGAUUCUGAGAGUGUAAGUCCAAUUAAAAGUCAUUUGUUUAUAUGUGAGAAUACCAACGUAAGAUCACAAUGGAUGUUAGAUCUUCAAUCUACAACAUCAAUACUAGUUGACUCAAACCCACAAUUUAAAGUACAAAGAGAUCAAUGGAGUAUCGAACAUAAUGAUGGUAUAUGGAAAGCAGUUACAAAUAUUCCGAUUUCAACACCAGAUCAGAUAAAGAAUGUCUCUAAAUCAAUUGAAUCAAACACCUAUUUACAUGAACCUGUUGUCAAAACACACUCGUAUGCUAUUAAUAAUAAGCAUCAGCAACAUCAACAACAUAUAUUCCUAAGUCACAGUAAUGAUAGUAACAACAAUAUAAAUAAUAAUGAAAGCGAUAACAAUAGAUAUUCAAAGUCAAUGGAAGAUAAAGAAUGGGUAAUGGGUGUAAGACUCAACAAACAACAAUCGUCGUCAUCUUUCUUGGUCAGAUCACUUCCAAACAAUCUUGAAGCAACAGAUUCAGAGGAAUCACCUGAACUCUUAGUAUUUAAAAAUAACCAUAAUAAUAAUAGCAAUGGCAAUGGUAAUGGUGACAAUAGCUUACAAUUCAAUAGGAGUCGUAGAAGAGGUGGUGGAAUACUGAAUGAAGUAGAUAAACAAGCUAUACUUAGAGAAGAAUAA